GCGCACUCGACCAAUAGAAUAGCAAAGCGUCGUGACGCCACUUCCUGACGGGUGGUUUUGCGGGAAGUUUGUUCCUCAUGCUCAUACGGCUUAACGUACGAUAAACAACGAAGAUGCCUCCUAAAGCCAAGGCGGCAGGCAAAGGCAGAGGUCCAGCUAAGAGGAAGCUGGCAGAGGAGUUCCCCCCCGGUGAAGUCCUAAUAGACACUGGGAAGAAGGCCUGGAAGCUGGGGGCUCCAAUCGGCCAAGGGGGAUUUGGUCUCAUAUAUUUGGCUGAUGAGAAUUCUGCAAAAUCUGUGGGUGCUGAUGCUAAUUAUGUCAUCAAAGUGGAGCCCAGUGACAAUGGACCACUGUUCUCUGAGCUCAAGUUUUACAUGAGAGCUGCUAAGCCUGACCUGAUUCAGAGCUGGAUGAAGUCUAACAAGUUGAAAAGUCUGGGUGUUCCCAGGUACUGGGGCUCAGGCCUGCACGAGAAAGAUGGGAAAAGGUAUAGGUUCAUGGUCAUUGACAGGCUUGGCACAGACCUGCAGAAGAAGUUUGAAGAAUGUGGAAGGCGGUUCCCCAGAAAACUGGUCCUGCAGCUCGGCCUUCGACUGCUGGAUAUUCUGGAGUUCAUCCACGAUCACGAGUAUGUGCAUGCUGACAUCAAGGCAUCCAACCUCAUGUUGAGCCACAGUGAUCCCAACCAGGUUUACUUAGUAGAUUAUGGGCUGGCAUAUAGGUACGCACCCGACAGUGUGCUAAAGGAGUACAAGGAAGACCCCAAGAGAUGUCAUGACGGCACCAUUGAGUUCACAAGCAUCGACGCCCACAAAGGAGCAACUGCAUGCAGGCGGAGCGACCUGGAGAUCCUGUGCUACUGCAUGGUACAGUGGCUGUGUGGACGCCUGCCCUGGGAGGACAAGCUGCAGGACCCCCUCUAUGUCCGAGACUCCAAAAUCAGGAGCCAAGAAAACAUCUCUGAAUUUAUGACCAAGUGUUUCUCCUCAGGAGACAAGCCAGAUGAGAUCCAGAGGUUCAUGGAGGAGGUCAGAUCUCUGGGAUACCAAGACAAACCACCAUACGAGAAGUUCCGAUCCAUCCUGCAGGCCGGACUGAAGGCCAUCCAGGCUAAAGAUGACGGCAAGCUGAAUUUCACUCCCGCCACACCCGUAUCACCCCCUGCCCAGAGGGCCACCAAGAGAAAGAAAGCAGCAAAUGCAGCAGAAGAGAGUGAGACUGAUGGAGGACCCAUCAAGAAAAAAAGAGUCACAAAGAAAAGAGAAGUGAAUGGAGUGAAGAAAAGUCCCAAAAAAACUCCUACACCAAAGAAGGUACCCAGCACUGGAAAACUGGGUGACCCCAAAUCCAGACUGGUGGAGAUGGGCACCCAGACUUCACCCGGACUUGCCAAGAAACCCAGAGGCAGACCCAAAAAAGCCAGCGCCUAAACAUCCACGUCUGUCUACACUCCUCCCUCCAUCCUCUGCCUCUUAAGAGUCACUUUUUCAAGUUUUAUAUGAUUUCUAUCUGUUACGCACUUGCUAGAUGUUGAUGUUUGAUUGUAUUUGGCGUGGUUGAAGCCACGUCCAUUGGAAUAAAGAGGAAAUUAAAUUGUC